UCAGAGUCCGGCCAGGAGAGCCGCGGCAUGGCACGGCCUCCCGGGCUCUGCCUGCUGGCCCUGCUGGGGCUGGGGCUGGGGCUGGGGGGCUCGUCCCCCUGCUGGGACCCUCGGGGCCAGCCCCGCCGCUGCAUGCCCGUCUUCGAGAACGCCGCCUUCGGCCGGGCCGUCCAGGCCACCAACACGUGCGGGUCGCCCCCGGAGGACUAUUGCCUGCACAUGGGCGCCCAGCACGCCAGCGCCCUGUGCCACCGCUGCGACGCCACCGACCCCCGGCGCCACCACAACGCCUCCUUCCUCACCGACUUCCACAGCCAGGAGGAGAGCACCUGGUGGCAGAGCCAGUCCAUGGCCUUUGGCAUCCAGUACCCCAACUCCGUCAACAUCACCCUGCACCUGGGCAAAGCCUACGAGAUCACCUACGUGAGGCUGAAGUUCCACACCAGCCGCCCCGAGAGCUUCGCCAUCUACAAGCGCAGCCGCGCCGAGGGGCCCUGGGUGCCCUUCCAGUUCUACAGCGCGUCCUGCCAGAAGACCUACGGGAAGCGGCCGCGGCAGUACCUGCGGCCGGGCGAGGACGAGCAGGUGGCCUUCUGCAGCGACGAGUUCAGCGACAUCUCCCCGCUGAGCGGGGGCAACGUGGCCUUCUCCACCCUGGAGGGACGGCCCAGCGCCUACAAUUUUGAUGGAAGCCCCGCGCUGCAGGAGUGGGUGACAGUCACUGACCUGCUCAUCUCCUUGAACCGGCUCAACACAUUCGGGGACGACAUCUUCAAGGACCCCAAGGUGUUGCAGUCAUACUACUAUGCCAUAUCUGACUUCUCUGUUGGUGGCAGGUGCAAAUGCAACGGCCACGCCAGCGAGUGCGCGCCGGACGAGGCCGGGCAGCUGGCGUGUGUGUGCCAGCACCACACGGCCGGCACCGACUGCGAGCGCUGCCAGCCCUUCUACCAGGACCGGCCCUGGGCGCGCGGCACGGCCGAGGCUGCCAAUGAGUGCCUCCCUUGCAACUGCAGCGGCCGCUCCGAGGAGUGCUUCUACGACCGGGAGCUGUUCCGGCGCAGCGGGCACGGGGGACACUGCCGCAACUGCCGCGACAACACGGCCGGGCCCCACUGCGAGAGCUGCAGGCAGAACUACUACCGCUGGGAGCCGCAGGGAGCCUGCCAGCCCUGCCACUGCCACCCCGCAGGCUCCCUGCAGCCCCAGUGCGACAACUCGGGGACCUGCGUCUGCAAAGCCAACGUGACGGGCUGGAAGUGUGAGCGCUGCAAGGACGGCUACCACAGCCUCAGCGAAGGUGGCUGCAGACCCUGCACCUGUGACCCCGCGGGCAGCGUGGGCACCUGCGACCCCAACACAGGACACUGCACCUGCAAGGAGAGGGUGGAGGGGCACUUGUGCAACAGGUGCCAGCCGGGCUGGUUUAACCUGCAGCCCCACAACCCCACCGGCUGCACCAGCUGCUUCUGUUACGGCCACUCCAGCGCUUGCAGGGCGGCAGAUGGCUACGAGGAGACCUGCAUCCGCUCCGACUUCAGCCAAGGGCUGGAGGGCUGGGCUGCCACAGCUCCAGGCACCACAGACCUGCCUCUGCGCUGGGCUGGCUGGGAGAUCAUCGCCGAGUGGGAUGGAGAGGAGUCUGUGGAUUUUCUUGCACCAGAGAAGUUUCUGCAGAACCAGCGCCUCAGUUAUGGGCAGCUCCUGUCCCUGCUGCUGGGAGUGGAGAAUGGGACAAGAACAGAAACUGGGGUGCCCCUGCUCCAGGUCCAGCUGCUGCUGGAGGGCGAGGGGAUGAAGAUCACCAUGUCCAGCAGCAAGAGCCAGCUCCAGCAUGGAAAGCAGGCCGUCACCUUCAGGCUGCACGAGGCAGAGGAGGGUGCAGAGCCUUUGCUGUCAGCCUUCAGCUUCCAGCGCCUGCUCUCCAACCUGACCUCCCUCCGCCUCCGCGUGAGCCGCGGCCCCAUGAGAGGCAGGUUGUCCCUGAGCGAGGUCCAGCUCACAUCUGCUCGCCCCGGGCCAGGCACACGGGCGGGCUGGGUGGAGGAGUGCACGUGUCCCAUGGGAUACACCGGGCAGUUCUGCCAGUCCUGCGCACCUGGAUUCAAGAGGGAGAUCCCAUUUGGCGGCCCCUUCGUCAGCUGCGUGCCCUGCACCUGCAACCAGCACGGGGACUGCCACCCCCUCACAGGGCACUGCCAGUGCUUGCACAACACAGAGGGUCCCUCCUGCGAGCGCUGCAGCCCCGGCUUUUACGGCAACCCCUUCGUAGGGCGCUCUGAUGAUUGCAAGCCCUGCCCCUGCCCCGGCCGCUCGCCCUGCACCGAGGUGCCCAGCAGUGGGGAGGUGGUCUGCACCCACUGCCCGCCGGGGCAGAGAGGAAAACGCUGUGAGCUCUGUGAUGACGGGUUUUUCGGGGACCCCCUGGGGCAGAGAGGUCCUGUGCAUCCCUGUGAGCCCUGCCAGUGCCACGGGAACGUGGAUCUCAAUGCCGUGGGGAACUGUGACCCCGUGUCUGGCCGAUGCCUGCGCUGCCUGUACAACACAAUGGGCGACCACUGCGAGAGGUGUCGGCCGGGCUUCUACGGAGAUGCGCUGGCUCCCAGCCCUGCUGGGAAGUGUGCACCUUGUGAUUGCAACCCCAGUGGCUCAGACCCGAGGCUGGAGGGCUGUGAUCCUGGCACGGGCCAGUGCCACUGCCUCCCACACGUGACAGGCAGAGCCUGUGGGCAGUGCCAGCCUGGCUACUACGGCCUGGAGCCCACCGUGGGGUGCAAGAGCUGUGAGUGCCACCCAACAGGGUCACGGGAGAGCGGGUGCCACGUGCUGACGGGGCAGUGCUCCUGCCAACCAGGUGUCACAGGGAAGAAAUGUGAUCAAUGCCAGCAUGGCUUCUUUGGCUUCUCUGCCAGGGGCUGCCGAGCCUGCAACUGCUCCCCACUGGGCUCCGUCACCCCGCAGUGCCACGAGAACAGCACCUGCCUCUGCCACCCUGGCUUCGUGGGCUACAAGUGUGACCGCUGCCAGGCCAACUUCUUCCUUGACCCACUGAGCUCCCGCUGCCAGCAGUGUCCUGCCUGCUACGGGCUGGUGAAGGACCAGGCUGACCUCCUGAAGGCCAGGCUGCAGGAGAUGGAGGAAUGGCUGCAGAAGCCAGGCUGUGAUGCCCGCCCGGGCCAGUCUGCCAUGCUGGGAGAUGCACCCCGUGGAGAUGGGCUGCCCAGCCCACAUCUCCUGAGAGGUGCCUGGGCCACCCUCUCGAUACAGGUGGGGCAGCUGGCAGGGGCACUGAGCACUGCACAAGGCCGUCUCACCAAUGCCAGCCAGGCCACCAGAUGCUCUGACCACGGACCCCCCAAGACCUGCACCCUGCUCUCGGAGAUCGGGGCCGUGCUGCUGUCGGCACAGCAGGAGAUCCUGCACGCUGCAGACACCCUGGCUACCACGGAAAUUCCCCAGGAAAUCCCACAGCAGCCCACAAACUGGAGCCACUGGGCACUGGAGGCUCGGGCUCUGUCCAAGAGCCACAAGGACUCCAUGGCACAGGUGGAGGCCGUGGUCAGGAGAGCACUGCGUGCCUCCAACGCCAGCUCCGAGCUCCUGCAGGACCUGCUGGAGGGGAACAUGGCACGGGACGAGCUGGAGGCUGGGUAUGAGGAAAUCCAGCGGGCGCAGGAGGAGCUGGGUGCUGGCAUGGCAGAGGUGGCAGUGAAGGCCAGGAGUGCUGUGACAGCUGUGGAACAGGCACAUGCUGACCUGGCUGAGAGACUUUUGCAGGUGGCUGCUCUGGGGCAGCAGGUGCUGCCAAUGCAGGCUGGAGACCUGGCACAGGAGCUGGCAGUGCUGGAGCAGGCAGCAGCAGCCCAGGAGCUGUUGGCUCAGCAGGCUGUGGAGGCAUCCCACACUCUGGCAGCUGGAUUGCACCUGGAGCUGCAAAGGACUCAGAGCUUCAAGCAGCUGCGGGACCAGGCUGGCUCUGCCCAUGACAUGGCCACCAUGGCUGUCUCCCGAGGAAAAGCUGUGCUCUCCGAUGCUGAGUCCCUCCUGGCCAGCUUGGAAGGCAUGAAGAAGGUGCUGGGGCAUCAGAAGAGUCAGGCUGCCCUGAGGAGGAGAAUGGCCACUGUGAGGGACCGAGUGAUGGCAGAUGCUCAGAGGAAGAUUAAACAGGCAGAGAAGACACUGGGAAACUCCCUGUCCAUCUCCACCGCAGCCCAGAGGACAGCUGGGGAGGCUGAGCAAGUCUCUGAGGAGAGCGCCAAGAGGGCACGGGCUGUGCUGCAGGAGAGCAAACAGGCCCUCAAACAUGCCAGCCAGCUCGCCACACGUGUCAAUGAGACCCAGUGGGAGCUCUCCCGGCAGGAGCACAUGGCUGAGAAGCUCAGGGGAGACCUGGAGGAAGCACAACAGGUGGGGUCAGAGGUGAGUGAGAUGGCAAAAAGUCUCCAGGAAGCCCGGGGCUCACUCAUGUCAGACAUCGAGACCCUGAACAACCUGCUGAACAGCCUAGGUAACCUGGAGCAGGACAUGGAGGCGGACGCAGUGCUGAGCGCGGGGAGGCUGCAGCUGGAGCAGCUGUGGCUGCGCCUGGCCACGCCGGGUCCCCUGGCCAGCCAGCUCAGCUGGCUGCAGCAGGAGGCAGCACAGCAGCAGGAGAAGAUCCGAGCAUUUGAGAGCGACUUGGCUGAGAUCCGGGCUGACAAGCAGAACUUGGAGGACAUUUUGCGGAGCCUCCCUGAGAGCUGCUCGAAGUGACAGGUCGCUGGCUGCUGCCACAUGCCCUCUGUGCCCACCCUGCACAGGGAAUGGCAGAGGGAAGGACACUCUGCAUUCACCAGCAUCAAUCCCUCCCACCUCUCCUCACACUGCCCUCCGUACAGUAUCACACCCCAGGUCCUUUUCCACACCCGUUCAGGCUCCACAUCUCCAGCACUGCAGCAUGACUCCAGCCACCACCUCUGUCCUUGGGAUGGUGGGGGGGGGAUACCCACCUACCAGGGCCACCGAUGUUUCUGUGCAGGAUAUGGAGCCAUUCCAGGCUGGUCUCUCACUGCAGAGUGAACAAAGAAUUCUCACAGAUCUCCUCCAUCCCUCCUUUCCCAUUGCAGCACAGCGCACUGGGCAAGCACAGCUAACCAAGUAUGCAAUGUACCCAAGCUGUACUGCCCGGCAGUCCCUCCUGCCCCAGGAGAAGAGAGAGGCUCUCACACGUGCUGGAAGCUGGUCCUGCUGCACAGCACCCUGCAGUGUCAUGCUCAUGGGCUGUGGUCACAGAGGUGCAGAGAGGAAUCUUAGUGAAGCCAGGCAGAGAGCUGCUUGCCAGAGGGCACACAGCUUGCCUGCUUCCCAAAGGAAAGGAGUUCACAGCAGGGAGGGCUAAAUUAAUGAGCAGAAACAAAACAAAGAUUGAUCCUCACCCAGCUCCUGAAAGGCAGGUGGGACAUCCUCAGCCUGCUUCAGUAUGAGAGGAGCUCAGGUCUUGCUGUUCCCUUGCUCCAGGGUAAGACAAAGCCACGGCCAGCUCUGCUUGGCUCACCGAAUGUCACCAGGCAUGGCUAUAAACCAGCCAGUCCCAGGGGCUGGGUGGCAGAGAUGUAAUCAAGGUUGGUGUCAGAGCAGCAGCACCCACAGCCCCACAUGAGCACCUGUGCCCCACUGGAGAGGAGCUGGCUGAUGGCAGCAGGCUGUGCAGCCAGUGUGGGCUGGAUGGGGAACAGCUGGACACCCGCUCCUGCCUGUGUCACUCCCAAGGGGUGGCAGAGGUCAGUGGCUGUAUUGCCUUUAAAGGAAAAGCAUUUAUGUUCCCCUGUGCUCCCAUGUGGGCUGGGCUGCAGGACAAGCCAGGUCCUGGCUCAGCCCACCUUGUGCUGGCUGUGCCGUGACUCCAGGUAGCUGAAGUCAUUCCCAUGAGACCAGAAACGAGUCCCCAGGCUGGAACUUGCUUCAUUUUUAACCGGUUUUACCUAUGUUUUUUUCUGCUCACAGUGCUGCAAAUCAGGUUUGCUAAAGUCUUGUGUAAUUUAUGUAAAAUUGCUGCCAUCAAUGUUGAAUUCCCCCAGCAACAUCUCUGGUGGGUCCAGUGGCCUGGAAGGAACACAGGAUUCUCCUACUAAGAAUAAAGCAUCACCCUUCUAAUUCUGCACAAAAGCUGCCCAAGGGGUGGGGUGCCAGGGCUGCAGUGCUGUGGGGGUGUGAUGGCAGGGGCUCCCCUGCUGCUGCCCAAGGACAGCUCUGGGAAAGCAAAACCAUGGAACAGUGAGAGCACAGCGUGAUCCGGCUUGGCCAGAGGCAGGGAGCCGUGGCCACUUACUGUCUCUCUGGGAGGACAAUUAUACAUCUCCAGUGAACACACAAAUUUGCUGCUCUUACAGAAAUGUCAAGCCUCUGCUGUGUGCCUGCUGCUGAAGAUGUGGUUCACGCUGCCUCCCGCUCUUCCUGGAACUCUGUGGUGCCACCUGCCUAGAGCUGUAUCCAUUAAAAAUUCUUAAUAUAA